CAUCCCUCAGAUGUCUCUCUUUACAUCCUGGUGCCCCUGCUUGAUUGUAACACUGCUUUCAUUCUCCGUGUGGGUACUUUUUUGCGAGACAUGGGUAGAAGGACUAGAAAGACUUGCUGUAACAAAAAGUGAGAAGAGGAGAGGAAGGGAGCUUGAGAUAGGGCCGAGGGAGGGGUAAAGCAGAUCGAGAGCGGGCGGGCGAGCGGCAGGCAGGAGGGGGAAGAGAGAGAGAAAAGAGGGGGAGCACAUGUGUAUGCUUGUCACUAAGGGGCUGGGAGAAGGACUAAGGGAAGCGAGGUAGCUGGCCAUAGCCGCCAUAUGCUGACUGGAUUCCUGUUCAUGUGUGCUGCGAGAACACUGCAGUUUGCGUAGUGCGCUGGCUGGCCGGGGAACACACCAUGGGAAGCUCACAUCUCCUCAACAAAGGCAUGCCUCUAGGUAUCAGGCCACCCAUCAUGAAUGGGCCUAUGCACCCCCGCCCACUGGUGGCACUGUUAGAUGGACGGGACUGCACAGUAGAGAUGCCAAUCCUCAAAGAUGUAGCAACAGUGGCUUUCUGUGAUGCCCAGUCCACACAGGAGAUCCACGAGAAGGUGCUGAAUGAAGCAGUAGGGGCACUUAUGUACCACACCAUAACUUUAAUGAGAGAAGACCUGGAGAAGUUUAAGGCUCUGCGCAUUAUUGUUCGCAUUGGCAGUGGCUAUGACAAUAUCGACAUCAAAUCUGCAGGGGAACUGGGCAUUGCAGUGUGUAACAUGCCAGCAGCAUCGGUGGAGGAAACUGCAGACUCCACACUGUGUCACAUCCUCACCUUGUACCGACGCACCACCUGGCUGCACCAGGCUCUACGAGAAGGUACGCGGGCCCAGAGCGUGGAACAGAUACGAGAGGUGGCAUCAGGAGCAGCCAGGAUCAGAGGAGAGACUCUCGGCCUCAUUGGUCUUGGUCGAGUGGGCCAGGCGGUAGCACUGCGAGCCAAAGCAUUUGGCUUCAAUGUGAUAUUCUAUGACCCUUACUUAGCCGAUGGAGUGGAGAGAUCACUGGGACUACAAAGGGUCACUACACUACAGGACUUGCUCUUCCAUUCAGACUGUGUUUCCUUGCACUGCAGUCUCAAUGAGCACAACCACCAUUUGAUCAAUGACUUUACCAUCAAACAGAUGCGUCAAGGAGCAUUUCUGGUGAACACUGCGAGGGGGGGCCUGGUGGAUGAGAAGGCCCUGGCCCAGGCCCUGAAAGAGGGACGAAUACGCGGAGCUGCUCUAGAUGUUCAUGAGUCCGAGCCCUUCAGUUUCAGCCAGGGUCCACUUAAGGAUGCCCCCAACCUCAUCUGCACCCCGCAUGCAGCAUGGUACAGCGAACAGGCUUCGCUCGAGAUGAGAGAAGAAGCAGCCAGAGAAAUCCGAAGGGCUGUCACUGGUCGUAUCCCAGACAGUCUUAAAAACUGUGUGAAUAAGGAGUUUCUUUCGCAGAAUAACCAUUGGACAGGAGUGGACCCUGCCACUGUCCACCCUGAACUCAAUGGAGCUUAUAGGUACCCCCCAGGAGUGGUGAGCUUACCUGCCGGAGGGCUUCCUCCCCCUGUUGAAGGCAUUGUGCCCAGUGCAGUGCCCAUCACACACACUCUGCCUCCUGCUGUCAGUCACCCUCCACAUGCACCAUCACCAGGACAGAACACUGUCAAGCCACCAGAGGGAGACAGAGAGCAGCAUCCGAAUGACCAACUGUAGCUACCUUCAAAAACACAAGCUUGGCGGGUUGUCUGGUGACCAAAAGAUCUGUGCAUGAAUACGGCAGCAAAGAUCAAAUUGACAACUUGCUAUCUAACAGUGUCAGAUCCCAAGAUGUCAAGCUCCAAGACGAUGAUCCAAAACCAACUUGCAAUUUGCUGCAAGCAGACUGUUUACACUCCAAAGAGGAGAAAGAGCAACACACGGAGACACCCGGAGAUAAAACUUUACUCAGCCAGAAGAUACAAACCUAUGCGUCAAUGUGGAAAUCAAAAAUACUGGAUUUAAUUCUACCGUCUUAGACUGCCUGUCCAAAGUUAUAGGGGCAUGUUUCAUGUCUCCUCUUCACGUGUCACUUCCUAAGUUCAUGUACAAGUAGUAGGUUAUGAAAUGAAUGUAACCUGUUUGUGUACAGUUAGACAUGCAGCAAUGAAAUACAGGUAAUUGUAUUCAAGUCUUAACAAAAACCAUAGGUGCAUUUCCUCUAUGUAGCCACACUGGUUUUUGAAUACAAUAUCUGAUUUUAAGUGUCCCUGGAUUAACAAGGCCCCAAAAGAGGCAGCUUUUGCACACCUUCUCAGGAAAUUAAGUUUCCGCAGUUGGUAUUAUUUGUUUAGUUUUUGGUUUUUUUUAAGGAUCACUUUUAUGCCACUUAGUGCUUCUGUUUUCUACCUGCUUGCCUUUGUGUGCUGCAACAUUAGAAGAUUAACUUUGCCCAUAUGUUUUGGUUAAAGAGCAAGUGAUUUCGCUCUUGGGACAUGUGUGUAAAUGUUUGAUCCAAAUUGUUGGACUGUGGGAGGAAAGGCUAAGGUCAGUCACAAAAUGAUGUGCUUUGCAGGAUAAACAAGAUUAGUUACAUGGUUACAAUUAUAAAUAAUUCAAUCUUGAGACCAGGGCUUCCUCUACUAAAGAAGAACAGGCCAAGGAGCAGUUUAGUACAAAGGCAAGGAUGACAUUUUACAUCACAUUUCUUCAGUGUAUUAUUAAAACUGACAUUAUACAUUUCUGCUGUAAAACAACACUGACUUAGUGAAAACUAAACUGCACUUCCUGUUUGGGUAAAAAUGGAUGAGUGAAAAUUCAAACAAAAUAGUUGAACUGAAUGGUUCUGCACAAUGUAGUAAGACAUACAAAGUAUUCCUUUGAAAUGGGUCCAGCUUGAGUAUACCAUUUAGCCACCCUCUGUGGCUUCUGUGUCUAUGUGUACAUAUGUACUGCCUGCCUGUGUCAAUGUGACUUGGUUGUAUCUGUGUCUUUAAAACAGCUCUGGGAGAGGAGAUGAGGACCAGUAGGCGCCCAAGCAUGUUAUGUUUAUAAGACUGCCAUUAUAAAACACUACACUGUAAUAGCAGUAAUGACAUUUUAUACGUUCAACGUGUAUGUGUUCAACUCAUGUUUAGGCUGUUUUGACAACAUGACAGUGCAUCCUGGUUCCACUUCUCCCAGCAGCUGAGUAGUAAAACAGUUUACUGUUGCCUACCUAGUCUUGUUGGUGAGGUAGUAUGUGUAACAAUCAGGGAUGGACAUUUCAUUGGCUCAGUAUUUCACAAGUAAUGGAAUCAAAGCAUCAGUGAAAUUAAUGUGUUGAAUAUUGUUAGCCCCAAAUCCUAUACAAAUAUGUUGGAGAAUGUAAAACUUUGUUCAUAACCCACCAUGAGUGACCAUAGAAAUGAACUACUACUGAUAAGCAGCACUGCCCAUAGAGAUAACUCAUAUGAACUGCAUUCCUGAUUCAAGCCAGUGUGUGCCAACGCAAACGUGUCAAAGAACUGCAUGAAAUUCUAUCCCUGGAAGUAACACACAGUCCACUGUUGCCUACUUUGGUCCCCUUUAUAGUUAGGUAGUAGGCGUAGCAAUAUACAGUAUACAUAUUAUAUUCUACAGUAAAUAUCAUUAUUUUUGGUCAAGAUUGACAAACUGACAAAGAUAUGUUUGUGACUGUAUGCAUUUGUAUGAAUUAUUUUAAAAAAUAAACUGUGGAAGGUUA